AAAUUAGCAUUAAAGGUAUCAAUAUAAAAUUGGGUUACGGGUCGACUCCCGCGAAGAAUCCGUCGCUUCGGCUCCCGUCUUGCUGCCGUCGGGAGAUGGAAGCCAGCGUGUUGGCGCCGCGUGUUCCCUUCCUCUUGCGCCCGCCGCCGCCGCCAAGACCGUCAGCCCGACCGAUCGGUCUCAGCUCAUGUCGGCCCGCUCUCAGACUCAAAUCACCUUGGUUCGCAGCUGCGCAGAAGAACGCGGAAGAAGCGGUUGGCGCGGGGGAUGGUGAGCACGCUGGCCUCCCGGGGGAGUUUAAUGACGAUGAGUGGCAAGCACGCCAACGAGAAAAAACAAAAGAGUGGCAUGCUUACCGACAGAAGGAGGAAGAAGAAGAAAAGAGAAAGACCAACGAAUAUCGGGAAAUAGGCAUGCGCUUAAAGGGAUACCCUGAGGAAGAAGUUCGCAAAGCAAGGAAGUUAGUUUCAUCUUUUAUAAGAUCAGCCGAAGAAGUUGAAGAGAAAAUUGAGGAGGCUGCUGAAAAAGGAGAACUUACAGAACUUGUUCUUAUGGUCAUUUGGAAUCGGCUUGAUCUUGCUCGAAAAGAUGAUGAAAAGGAUGUGAUUAGAAGCCUAGACCUGUUGUACAGAAGGAUAGAGACAGAGAUUUUGAAGAGGGAAUCUACACCUGCUAUGAGAUUGCUCAAUGACCUCCUGAAUCUCCAUGAUGGAUUUGAUGAUGAAGGGUGGCUUAAGAAAUGCAGGAAGUGCAUGAUCGACAUGUUCCCAAGAGAAGAUCCUUUCAGCAUGCUAGUGCCUUCUGGGUUCGACAUGGAAAAUCAUCAGGGCCACAUAGGACUACCACCCGAGGAUGAUGAUGUUCUACUAAGGGUUGAUUUUGUCAGAGAGGUUGAUUUGCUAUUGCAAGAGGUCCGAGCCGAACAGCAAAAUUUCCAACCUUCAGAGGGAUUCGAUCCUGAAGCAGUUGCAGCCAGAUUGAGGCAGCAGGAGAAGCAGACGACUAUUCAACUAGUAGAGGCACUGCUGGAGUUGGCAAUUUCAUUGAAGUGGUGAAGCUGCGAGGAGAUCACAGCAAGUCUUUUAUGUGCCGACCAACAUUAGGUUCACCUCAGAUGCUUCGUGUCAAGAGCCUUGCAGAGAAUUGGAUCUAAUUUAUGACACCGUUCAUGUUCUUAGACAUGGGUGAUUCGAUCAGUGGAAACAAGUGCUCAAAAUUCUUGUUGCUGUUUCUCAGUUCAUCGGCAUUCCCUGAUCUUAAUGCCUGCAGAAUGACU